GGGAUUGGUUGAUGUUUCUAGUGUUAAUGAAGGCACUGCAGGCUUCCGUCGGGAUUCCUGGUGUUCACUAUCAUCGUUACAUGCUGUCCGAUUACAGGCCACAGCAUAACAACAGGACCCAGAAGGACUAUCUGCCUUUACGACGUCCUGUUUAUCCGGAGAUGAAUGAUGCAUUAGUUGCGCUUCGAAAUGGAUCCUUGGAGCCUGUGGUAAAGCUGGAGGAUUCGGAUACACAAACUCCGCUCUUUGAACUGCUGGUGCGUAUUUAUUCCGACAACAAGUACGUCUGCAUGGGCACCCUCAUCACCGAAUCUCUCAUCAUGACCUCGGCCACCUGCUUCAAUCAGAUGAAUGCACCAAAUUUGACAAUUAAGACGUCAACCAAUUUGAUUCUUGGCCAACUCGAGAUAGUUAGCGAUAAUAGUGUGGUGAAAACAUUAUCUCUAAGAAAACCCGUGCCACACAUGAAUUUUACGGCCCAACUUUGUGAUUCCGUGUUGCAUUCUUCCAACAUUUUAACUCUGCCGACGUACAUCCGGAGCCGACGUGUUGUACACACACAGACAGCUAAUGUGAUACCCUUGAAUGAAUGCCGGAAUCAAUUGGAUGAUCCUGAUGGCAACAUUGUGACUGAUUCUAUGAUUUGUAUUAGAAAUGAAAAGCGAACAUCCACAUGUCAGAAAUCCCAUGGCACUCCACUAAUUUACAAAGGUCAAAUCUGUGGAGUGAAUAUCUUGGGACACAAUUGUCCCAAGUACUAUGGAGUCGAUCUCUAUGCCAGCGUUCUAAAUGAAGUUAAAUAUUUUAAUGCAACAUUGAAGAAAAUUAAGGCCUCCAAAAUAGAAGAUUUUCUAUGAAAAUACUUAAAGACAUAUCGACAAGGGAAAUCAAUUCGAUAUGGGUUUUAAUAAAUAACUCUGUCAAAGGUGUAGUUAAUGAACCAAUAAAUUUCUGUAGACGAGACUCAAAA